AUGGACCAGAAGCGCGACGAAAACCACGUCGAGGAGCCCAAGCGCUUCGAGCCGAAGAAGCCCGUGCAGCUUGACCCGCCCAAAGACGAUCCCAUCACUGUUGACUAUCUGGCCAAAUGCGACGGAACCAACGAGGGUUACCCCACGCUGGUUGCCAUCAAAGGCACUGUAUUUGACGUCUCCAAAAACGAAGCGUACGGCCCAAAGGGCCAGUACAAGGUUUUUGCUGGCAGGGAGCCCAACCGCGCCCUGGCUCAGUCUUCGCUCAAGAUCGAGGACUGCCGCCCAGAGUGGGAGGACUUGUCGGACAAGGAGAAAACGGUCCUCGAUGAGUGGUAUACCUUUUUCAGCAAGCGCUACAAUAUCGUGGGCAAGGUGCAGCGCGAUGCCAGUGCGACUCUGUAA